CCCGGCACGAGCGAGGCGCGGGCCCCGCUGCUGUACGCGGGCCGGGCGCGGCGCGUUCCUUCGCUCCUACGCGGCCGUUUCCUGUCCUGCAGGCCUCCGUGCCGCCCGGCCGCGACGCUUCGUGCUGCGAAUUGCUGUUGGCUUUUGUUUGUUUUCUCGGCGCGUUUUUCACAUGAGAACUCCCGUUUCUUACUGUAAUGCAGAUGAGUUUCCAGGCGUUAGUCGGAGGCCUUAAGGAAUGGGGGAACCUCUGCUUCCCGCCGGGUACCGGCCUGGGACUUUGCUACUGUGCUGUUGUUGCUGUUCUUAACGUCACGUUUAUAGCAUUACACCUGCAACCCAGUUUUCGGCAGGUGUAUAAGGGAAUUCAUUCUAGAAGAUACCAAACACGUUUACCAAAAGAAGUGUGUCCUUCCUUUCUGCUAACAUAAAAAUCCUAGAGUUUGAAGUUUUCCUUUUAGCCCAGGAAACUGCAUUCCUCUCACUAGCUUUUGUACAAGUAAUGUGGUGGUCUCUCAGUUCUUUUGAAAUUGCUUGGGUGCACAAGCAUGCUGAUGUUCUUAGCUUGUGCUUCUGUGCGAAAGUACAAAGUAUUGAACAUCCUUGAAUCCAAAGAAAGUCAUUAAGAAUUAAGAGUGCACAUAUAAUGUCCUAGUGCUCUAUGAAAUAGAGUCCCACAGUUUAAUACAGUUCACUCUUUUAUAGCGAUGCCCUUGAAUGGAAUGCCUAAAAUUACCUGUUUGUCAUUAGGACCGCUGCACUGCUUUAACAGGUAACAGAAAGCAUUUCCUGCCAUUGGUGACAAUGAGCAAUACUUUGGUUCUAAACAGAGCAUAUUGACUUGUUGUGAAGGCAGAAGGUUUGUUCCAGACGAUCAGAAGUGCACCAUCCUGGUUUCACAGGACAAAUACCGAGAGGCGAACUGCCUGCUCUUCUAUAUGCGGGCUUAUCUAUUUUCAGGUCUUGUCCAGAAGGCCAAGAGAGCAAAGAAUAAAUUACUGAAACGAGAAGGAGAUGACAGAACCAAUUCUGGAUCUCAGGAACGAUAUGAGUCAUUCAGCUAUGGUGGCAUAGAUCCAUACAUGUGGGAGCCCCAAGAAGUAGGUGCUAUGAGAAGCCACCUUUCCAAUUUCAAGAAAUACCGAGCAGCCAGGAUUGAUCACUAUGUAGUUGAAGUCAAUAAGUUGUUAAUCAGGUUAGAAAAGCUUACAUCCUUUGACAGAGCAAACACUGAGUCAGCUAAAAUAAGAGCUAUAGAGAAGUCUGUUGUGCCUUGGGUCAACGACCAGGAUGUUCCAUUCUGCCCAGACUGCGGCAAUAAGUUCAGCAUGCGAAACAGGCGCCACCACUGCCGGCUGUGUGGGUCUAUAAUGUGCAAGAAGUGCAUGGAACUUAUCAGUCUUCCCCUGGCAAGCAAACUCACCAGUGCCAGUAAAGAGGCCUUGAGUUCUCAUACUAGCCCGAACGCCUCACCUAAUAGCGUCCAUGGCUCUCGCCGAGGCAGCAUUAGCAGUAUAAGCAGUGUAAGCUCUGUUCUGGAUGAGAAGGAUGACGACCAAAUCCGUUGCUGUCAGCAUUGCAAAGAUACUCUGCUGAAAAGAGAGCAACAGAUUGAUGAGAAGGAAUACACUCCAGAGAUUGUGAAACUCUAUGAGAAACUCCGACUCUGCAUGGAGAAGGUUGACCAGAAGGCACCAGAAUACGUAAGGAUGGCAGAAUCUCUGAAUGCUGGGGAGACAACCUACAGUCUUGAACAUGCUAAUGACUUGAGGAUGGAGAUUCAAAAAGUAUACGAACUUAUAGAUGCCCUAAGUAAGAAGAUUCUGAGUCUAGGCUUGCACGAAGAGCCCCAACCUCAUCCUAAAACACUACAGCUUCAGAGAAUGAUAAGAUACUCAGCUACUCUUUUCGUUCAGGAAAAACUGUUUGGCCUAAUGUCCCUGCCAACCAAAGAUCAGUAUGAAGAACUGAAGAAGAGAAGACUGCAUAUGGCAGCUCUUGAAACACACAGAAAACAAGACGAGAAGCAGAAAGACUUGACUUACAGAUCUGCAAGUGCAGUUAAUGGUGAUGCAACUCUCCUUAAAAAUGUAACAGUCAAGAAAUCUGAAGGCUGGCUACCUACAUCUAGCGUAUCUCGACAGAGUGAGGUAGCAGAUCCACUUCUUCAGCAGAUCGACAACAUCACAUCCUUUAUUAAGCAAGCAAAAGCAGCUAAUCGGCUGGAUGAAGUCCGGAUGUUGCAAGAAAACCUGAGGCAACUUCAGGAUGAGUAUGAUCAACAACAAACUCUAAAAGCUAUUGAGCUUUCUAAAAAACAGGCAGAAGAGGAAGAGAAGCAGAGGGAAGAACUUCAGUUCCUUUGUGAAAAAGAGUGGGAAAGAGAACACCACAAAUUCACGUCUCAGCAUUCAAGGACAGGCUCCUUAGAUUUCAGAGAAGGCAAGCAGCAUCAGUAUGAAGCUGUGAAAGAGAAUCAGAACUUGUUAGCAGAUGGAUUAGAUUUGGAUAUUAAUCAAGUGAAAGGGAACCGAAGUUUUGAAACUACUGCUGUUCAGCAGCUGCCAGCUAAAGAGUACUUAAUCUUUCCAGUCAGACACCAGAAUACUCCACAGUGUGACAAAGACCAAAAUCAGGCAGCCUGUCUUAACCCCUUUGAAGAUGAAGCAGAUACCCCUCUGUCAGAGGAAGAUCCCACUAAUCCAUUUGCCAAAGAUGUAUCUCAACCAAUUUCUUUCUUUAACACAGCUCUGCAAAGUGAUAAAAAAGAAUAUAAUCCAUUUGAAAAUGAGGAGGAAGGUGAACAAACUAGUGGAGCAUCUGUCAGUACUUUAAAUCCCUUUGAAGAAGAUGAAAAUCCAUUUCAAAAGUCUGGGAGCAAUUGGAAUUCUGGAAAUCCAUUUGAAGAAGGAUCUUCUACCAAUCCCUUUGAAGUGGAGGAUGUCAGUGAGAUCUUAAGAGAGGAGGCUAUAGAGGAGGAACUGCUUCUUCAACAGAUAGAUAAUAUAAAAGCCUACAUAUUUGAUGCCAAGCACAGUGGACGAAUGGAUGAGGUGGAGCUACUGACAGAGAACUUGAAAGAACUGAAGUACACGUUAGCAAAACAAAAGGAGAAAUCCAACUGUUGAAGCUGUAAUCACCUUGUAAUAGUUAUCUCAAGUUCACUGUUAAGAGAUGGGAAGGUGAAGCAGUUAUAAACAGCAGUACAGAUUACAAGGAAUUGGGAGAAUGCUGUAUUUUAUACACUUUCAUUUAUGUAUUCCCAAUAUUACUCAGCCUUGAAGAAAGAAGAUAAGAGGAAUGCUGCUGGUCUUGAACGGAGACACACAUACUAAGAAAACAUAUGAAGAAAAACUUAAAAUAACUUGUUACAACCAUCUUAACGCUAAUUUGUCUUCGUGGGUGCUUAGUUUGGUCAAAAGAGUUAAGCAGUAAUAGGGAACUGUCACCUUGAAAUGUUUUCAGGGUUGGUUUGUCAACUUUACUCCUUGUUUCCGCUGUGCUGUUUUAGCAGCAUAGUUACUGGCUUUUCAAGAGGAGCUUUGACUGAAGAGACAAAAGUAUUUGUAAGAUUUCUGCAUCUUCUGAUAAUGGCACAUUAUAAGUUACAGGCCAGUCUAUUAUCCUAAGAGAGUUACAAGAAAGUGCUGUUGAAAGGCUGCUGUUAUUCUUUGAGAUGCAGGAUACAGGUCAAUUUUGUGCAAUAAUACAUAAAAUGGAUUUAAAAACUAUUAGAGACUUCACUGAUCUUAAUGAGAGUAACUUUUAAAAUGUGUUUAUGAGAACUCCUAGGUAGAACUGAGGUGCCACCGUGUUGUUACUUUUAGUUUCCCAGCUGCUCAAGGCACAAACUGCAGUGUAACAGAGCCACACUGGCUUCAGAGCUGCGUGUGUGGGAAUGAACAUGUAGAUGAGUAUACUUUCAGAACAUCAGGCUAGCAUCAUUUCAAACUGUAGUAUUAAGGAUGACCUUGAAAUUCCUAAUUAUAUUCUGGAACAUGCACAUUCCUUUAUAUUCUCUGGGUUACAGAAUGAUUAUAUUUGUCUUAUCUGAGACUUGAAUCCUCUUUGUAGCAUUUAAAGAACAGAAAUCCUGUUUGCAGUGGAGAGCUAAAGUGCCACUGAACUGGAAUUCUGUGAAAGCUGGGCUGUGAUUGUGCCAAAUAUAAGCUCCUGUUUUAUACUUGAUUCUCAUCAGAACUUAUAAGAAUCAGGCAUGUGUGUUUUCAGUAAGCAGGUCCUGAUGGGAGUCUUGGUGUGGACCUCUGCCCACGUAGAGACUAGGUGAAGGCCAGCUCCUGUGGUGCAGGAGGGCUUCUGAAGAUUGGUAUUGUAAAAUUUAGGAUUGUUCAAUGUUAAGUUAGCACGUAUUUUGCUAAAGACGGUCUGAGCUGCUUUCCCCACCCCUUCACUUCCCCCUUUGAGAGGCAGAGGCCAAUCUUCAGACAUCAGUGUUUGAAAAGGUGGUUGGGAGGAGUUAAUUUAAAAAAGGUGCAUUUAAUUAAAGCUGGAGGAUAUUAGGCUGAAGUACAAAGUUUUGUGGAGUGGGACAUCUCUUAACUGUCUCCAAUAACAUACGAAUAGCAUAGCUGUAACUGGGGCACUAAGUAUUUCAGAAACACAAAUAAUCGUGCUGCUUACUCUAGAUUUGUUUUCUUUUAAGUAUGUUGGAGGUAUGUACUUCCGUUUAAGACAAAACCAACAAAUGUACCCUCAGUAACACUAAUAACUGAUCAGAAUAACUCAGUGCAGCAAUUUCAGGGCAGCUGUUGUUCUUACUGCAGCCUAAAUCUGAAGUUGAAGUGCAGAAUGGGUCGUCUUAAGAACUGUAGUGUUUUAUACCAGUAUGUUUUGUUAUUGCUGAGUGACUCUGAAGUGCUGCUGUGCGCAGCAGGCCAACCGUCUGUGCAGCAGGAUUCUGAAAGGUUGUAAACUAACUACAAUUCUGUUCUGCGGCAUGAGAUUUACAAAGGCAGCAAAAAUUAUUGAUAGCUAAAGUUUAUCCCAAGAAUUGUUCAUUUAAAAAUAAAUAGUACAAGUCAGUUAUUCAAGGCAGACCAGUUUGCUAGUCAGGAGGAGUGCUCCCUGCAUUAUAACCCAAAGCUCCUUUUGAUACUGAGAUGAAAAGAAUAUUUCAGUGGCUUCAGCUCUCGCAUUUAAAAAGUGUGUUUUCCUUGUAACUAUCCUGCACUAUUUGUAUACUCAGCCUAAUUACACUAAUAAAGUAUCAUUCUGUACAUGUAA